UAGGUACCAGUGUAUGAUAUGGCAACUAUAAGCAACGAGAGGCACCUCCGCUACAUCCUACUUCUCGGAGAAGGAGGGACAUUAGUGUUGAGAGAAUUACUCGAAAGAGAGAGACAUCAGUCGGGCAAAACUUUGGAAGUGCUACUGGAGCUGAAUAAAACGACUUUGAAACGCCAAACGUCAGAAUUUCAAAAAGUCUUUCCAGCAAACGGAAUUCCAGAUGUAAACACAUGGGACAUUUCGUUACUAGCGACGGUUAUUUUGCAGCUGUUCAAGAAAAGCCUCACCAGUGACGAAAGCAAUGAAAUAAGAAAACUGAAGGAUAUGAGAAACGGUAUGGCCCAUGCGUCUUCCCUAUCUAUGGAUGAAAAUGAGUAUGAUGAAGAUAGAAAAGAACUGGCUUCUACACUUAUUAAGCUUAGCAAUGGCUUAGAUCGCACAGUAAGUGACAGAUGCCAAACUUUCAUAAAAGAGUUUGCGACUGGUCCGGUAGAUAUUCAUGCAGCUACUGAAAGAGUAAAAGAAUUAAGCAAGUAUGACGAAAUGAUUAGUGCAGAGAUUCGGAGUCUUACGAGAAAAGUAGGAGACGUUUCAGAGGAUAUGCAAGAACUCAAACAGAUGAUGCGAAAGAUGAUGCACCAAAAUGAAGAUUUCCAUUCGUUUCAAGUGAUUGACACAAAAAUGGCGUUACGAGGACCCAACGAAGAACUUACAGUGACAGCAGAAGAGUCCAUCACUAGGCUCUUUAGGUCGGCGUUAAAACGAACGGGAGGAGAAAAAGACAUGACAAAACUUUGCAGAGCCGUUAGGACUAUUUUAGAAGAAAUCGAAAACUACAAUGGUGUCGAAGUUUUAGAGGUAGAAAGGGAAUGCAUAAGGAUAAGUCUGAAAUGCAGUAAUUGCCGAGGACUACUUGAACUACUUGAAUAUCUUGAGGGCAAUUUAUUUCAACAAAGAUGUCAAGAAUUAUCGAUAGCUUUGGAGGAAACUUACAAUGGCAGUUUUGCUAUUUCAGCAGAAAUAACAACCACUACAGUGAUGGAUUUGUUGUCUUCUCUCAGAAAAUUUGCUGAAAACAAUUUUACAGACAGAGAAGAUCAGACACAAAAUCUCGGAAGGACCACAAAGCCGAAGCCGAUUAACACAGAUACUACGAAGAAAGAGCUGUCUACAAAAAUAAUGGUGUCAGGUAUUCCACCUAGUGCACACAUUCAAUACCUGAAGUUAUUCUUCGAGAAUACAAAGUAUGGUGGGGGACCAGUUCAUGUUGUUUCUUUAAACGAGGAAACAUCCACGGCAAUUAUUGAGUUUGAAUCUCAGGAAGCUGUCGAUAUCGUGUUGAGUAAACAAUACAUCGAAAUGAUGGGACAAGCAGUGAAAGUCGAAGUGUGGAAACCGGUUCCAGCAUGUACAAUAGCAGUUUGUGGAUCAGCAUGUCUUGUUUGUGAAGACAACUUAGAGAUAUUACAGCUAUAUUUCGAACACCCUAAAAGUUAUGGCGGGACUGUUAAGGCAAUUAUGUUUGACAGAGCUAGCAAUUCAGCUCUUGUGACCUUUGAAACAGAAGAAGGUUUGCAGAUAUUCUUUUUUUGUAAAGUUUUAUUUUUGAUUUUAAUAUCGACACUAUUAUAAAGGUGUAUAUAUG